AUUCCUCCUCCUCUUUUUUUCCCCCUUACGAGGUGAGGGUGGGGGGGCGGGGGAGGCUGGGGCUGGCCGAAGGCGAAGAUGCUUCUGGACGCCGGACCCCAGUAUCCCGCCAUCGGGGUGACUACCUUCGGAACGUCUCGCCACCACUCCGCAGGCGAUGUGACGGACAGAGAGGUGGGCUUGGGCAUCAACCCCUUCGCCGACGGCAUGGGAGCCUUUAAAAUUAACCCCAGCACCCACGAGCUGGCCUCGGCCGGCCAGACCGCCUUCACCUCGCAGGCUCCCGGCUACGCGGCCGCAGCCGCCCUGGGCCACCAUCACCACCCGACCCAUGUGAGUUCGUACUCGAGUGCCGCUUUCAACUCGACCCGGGACUUUCUGUUCCGCAACCGGGGCUUCGGCGAGGCGGCGGCCAGCGCGCAGCACAGCCUCUUUGCCUCGGCCGCUGCGGGCGGCUUUGCCGGGCCCCACGGGCACACCGACGCCGCGGGCCACCUUCUUUUCCCGGGGCUUCAUGAGCAGGCAGCCGGCCACGCUUCGCCCAAUGUAGUGAACGGACAGAUGCGCCUGGGCUUCUCCGGGGACAUGUACGGGCGGCCUGAUCAGUACGGUCAGGUCACCAGCCCGCGCUCGGAGCACUACGCUUCCACCCAGCUACACGGCUACGGGCACAUGAACAUGAACAUGGCUGCCCAUCACGGGGCGGGGGCCUUUUUUCGCUACAUGCGGCAACCCAUCAAACAGGAACUCAUCUGUAAGUGGAUUGAGCCCGAGCAGUUGUCCAACCCCAAAAAGUCCUGCAACAAAACUUUCAGCACCAUGCACGAGUUGGUAACUCAUGUCACGGUGGAGCACGUUGGCGGCCCGGAGCAGUCCAAUCACAUCUGCUUCUGGGAAGAGUGUCCGAGAGAGGGGAAACCUUUCAAAGCCAAAUACAAACUUGUAAACCACAUCCGAGUCCACACGGGGGAAAAGCCCUUCCCCUGUCCCUUUCCUGGCUGUGGGAAAGUGUUUGCCCGAUCAGAGAAUUUAAAGAUUCACAAAAGAACUCACACAGGUGAAAAACCAUUUAAGUGUGAAUUCGAAGGCUGUGACAGGCGAUUUGCAAAUAGCAGCGACCGCAAAAAGCACAUGCAUGUGCAUACUUCUGAUAAACCUUAUCUCUGCAAAAUGUGUGAUAAGUCCUACACCCAUCCGAGCUCACUCAGAAAACACAUGAAGGUCCACGAAUCCUCUUCCCAGGGAUCGCAGCCUUCUCCAGCCGCCAGUUCAGGUUACGAAUCUUCUACCCCACCCACCAUCGUGUCUCCUUCCACUGAAAACCAGACUACGAGCUCCCUUUCUCCAUCCUCUUCAGCAGUCCAUCACACGUCUGGUCACAGCACGCUCUCGUCAAAUUUUAACGAAUGGUACGUUUAAAAACAAAACAGAAAAAAAUACAAAAACAAAACCCUAUUUAAAAGACUCCACAAAAAUUAAGGAACACUGCGAAUCAAAACAGAA